AUGGUCACCAGCAACAAGUACCCUGGUCUAGAAGUUGCCGUUCAUGUUAACGACCGGCCAAUACAGGAGUACGAUGAUGAUGAUGACGAGAACCCUCCAUCAAACACCGUUACAAAAUACAUCGAAGCUAAAUCAGGAGCUGAAUUUGCUGUGAUAACCACCUUCAAGCCGCCCUUCUCUCCACCUCAUGGAGUCAUGAUAAGUCUUAUUGUCGACGGUAGUCCAGUGACUUCCCGGUGUUGCCGACAAGACGAGCUCUUCGGUCGCGUAUUUAAUAUGCAUGCUAUUCAUCGGAAGAUUGAUGGGGAAUGGGUGAUGCAGAAGCUUCACUUCUCAGAGAUUGACAUUGUGAAAGAAGCACAUGCGGUAGCACCGAAUCCCACAGAUGUCAAACAUGCUCUAAGUAGCAAAGGACAGAUUACACUCUUGCUUCACUUUGUAAAGGAUAUCAAAGAGAUAGGGUCGGAUGAGUACUGGGAAAGAAAUGUCGAACUCACACCACUUGAUGAGAUUCCAGAGAAAGCGCUGAAAGGAAAUGCGCUCUCACACCAAGCAGCCCUGACCACCCCAGAAAGUUCUCAGAGCCGAUCCGGACAGAAACUCAGAGUGUAUAGUCUCGCAGAGAAAGAGCCAUUCGCAAUAUUUCAUUUCAAAUACAGAUCUCUUGCGAGCCUAAAGGCCCUGGGAAUAGUGCCCAGAGAUGAAGCCAUGACGGUUCCGCUAGAGGACAGACCAGAAGAAGAACUCACUCCAGACGAGCUGAGAGAACUAGUUCGCCGCAUGAGACAACGAGAAGUGCAAAGCAAUCUCAUCAAGAAAGAGACAACAAACAGAGGCUCGAUCGAGCAUGAACAGAUCACCGACGAUGAAGAGGCCUCUGCAGCUUAA